UCACCAUUAUGGCCGCGUCCAUGUGGUCCCCGAAUCGUGUGGUUGGGUAAUGUCACCUGUCGAUCAAAAUCGUACCUACAGUACCGCCCACAAACGUGGGCCCGCCUCCUUUCGUCACUUCCUGCCUAGACCCUGCACAGUCGAUAAGGAAACCCGCACGGUACGGUCGCUCUCUUUUUCUGCCGGCCGGGAAGAUGGCGGACAUUCAGACAGAGCGCGCCUACCAGAAACAGCCGACUAUCUUCCAAAACAAGAAGAGGGUGUUGCUGGGAGAAACUGGCAAGGAGAAGCUCCCUCGGUACUACAAGAACAUUGGUCUGGGCUUCAAGACCCCCAAAGAGGCCAUCGAGGGCACCUAUAUCGAUAAGAAAUGCCCCUUUACCGGGAACGUCUCCAUCCGAGGGCGGAUCCUAUCUGGUGUGGUGACCAAGAUGAAGAUGCAGAGGACCAUUGUCAUCCGCCGAGACUAUCUCCACUACAUCCGCAAAUAUAAUCGCUUUGAGAAGCGUCACAAGAACAUGUCUGUGCACUUGUCGCCCUGCUUCAGGGACGUCCAGAUUGGCGACAUUGUCACCGUGGGCGAGUGCAGGCCACUGAGCAAGACAGUUCGCUUCAAUGUGCUUAAGGUCACCAAGGCUGCCGGCACCAAGAAGCAGUUCCAGAAGUUCUGAGGGUGCUUAGUUGCACCCCAAAAGGAAUAAAAUUAUUUUGGCUCUCACA